UUAACUUGCGUUGGUUGUUCUAUUAUCAAUGUGACACACAGUAUGCAUUAUUUUUAGGUUGUAGUGUCCUUUGCUUGAUUUGAUUAUUCCACAAGGUUCCCGCAACAGCCUAUUGCUUAGUAGCUUCGAACAGGAGACAACCGUGCAGACAAUGAGUUGUCAGCUUCUCUUUGUACAGUCAGCCCUGCCUUGAUGAAGUGAGAGUCCCACCAGUAUCAGAACAUUGAAGCCUGCUACAGCAGCUGAGCUAGCAGUGCCCACAAUGGACCCAAACCCCUGGAAUUACAACCAGGCCUACAGCAGAAUCAGCUCGGGCAGUCUCCCUGCUAGUCAUGGAGGCAUCAAUCGACUCGACUUCCCCCUCCUCGACCAGGCCACGCUCAGUUCAGGUUUUGGCCUCUCACCAUCUCUGUCCCCCCAUGCCAACCUGACAUCCCGGUCCCUGGGUGGUCUGUCGGGGGUGAAUUACCCUGGCCACCCUCUGCACACCACCAUGCCACAGUUCCUGGACCCCAUGGCACCAUUGCAAGCCUCCUUCUCAAGCCAGCCCACAUACAAACCAAUGUCCAUGGGGCAGAACCCCUUCCCGUUUGACAGCCCGGGACGAUCCUCAUCAGAGAUCCCUGUCACUUACUCUCCCGCUCGCUACUCGACGGGGACACCUAGUUUGUCAGCACACACCAAAUCCCCUCUGUUUUCUCCACAAGAACUGACAUCUCCGAAGGAUCUGGUAACAUCUUUUGCAGCAUCCUCUCAAAGUCUUGCUGCUGAGACAAGCCCGAAAGGCUGGGGAUUAUCUAACUUCCUCCCAACACCAACAACACCAUUUGGAAACAUAUCGGAUGCUCUGCCCAGCGACUUUGGCUUGACUCUUCCUCAACCUCAGCAGACACCUCCACCAGCACACAGCUCGGGCAGCCGUAUUAACCCAAUCCAGAGGAAUCCAUACACAGCAGACAUGUUAUUUGCUGAAAGUACCCGACCAGUCAAAAAUCCCCAACCCCUCCACUCACCAAGAGAUCCGUCACCCUUCACCAGCGUAAGCAGCAGUAACUAUGGGCGGCUCUCAGAUGCUAUCCAGUCCCCCAAGACCAGCCUGCCAGGCCAAACACCUCACAGUUACACAGCCUCACCACCGGAGAUUGAGGACCUGUCCUCCCACUCACAGACUCACCCCAUCUAUAGCUCCUAUAUGUCCACAUCUUACAAUUCUAUACCAUCCGGCAACCCUGUGUAUAGUUCUUCUCAGCUACAACAGGACAUGGACUACGAUCCUGUCAGCCCAGCUACACCUUUGUCUGAGGCCCCUCAGCCUAAUGACAACCCAUUCACCACUGUCUCACUGCAAGAUCUGGCGGCACUGGGCACAGCACAGAGUCCAGUCCACGAGAAACCUCACCAAAGAGAAACGAAUCGAGACAAUAUUUUAAGUCGUGAAAGUGUUCUUCUUCAUCAAGAGAGUAUGUUGCAUGCUUCCCUUGAAAAAUCAAAUAGAAUGUCUAAAGAAUCCGCCCAUGUCCAAAGCUUACCAUCUCACAUGACAAUGCAGCACACAUCACCUGGAAUCCACAACGGGCAGAACAUACAGAACGCUGCCAGUCCAAUGCAGCAGUCGCCUAUCAGUGUUGGGAGCCCUCAGAUUCCCAUGUCUGUGUCCAGCCCUCAGGUUGCCAUGCCGCUCGGGAGUCCCCAGAGUCUCAUGCCCAGCUCCACUGUUGUGCAGGCUCCCCCGCCAGUUCAGGCAAUGGCCGAUUCUACAACGAAACCAAAGCGGGGAGGAAGAGGAAGCAGAGGGGGAAGGGGCGUUGGAGGAAGAGCAAGGAGGAAGAAAGAUGAGGAGAAUAAUUCCUUUAUGGGAGAGAUCCAACAGCCUCCUAUAUUUGCCAAUGAAAUUGCUCAACAUCAACAGGCACCUCGUCAGCCACAUCCAGCAUACAGUGACAUGGGGCACUCAGCUUACCGACCAGACAGCCGUCAGCCGGAGAUGAACCAGACCUUCCUGCACUCCGACAUGGGCGUGGAGCCCACUCUAACUCAAGGCCUUCAGAGACAGAUGUCUGCUGGACAGACAGAACCCAUGCAGAGAUCGCCCCUGGAAGAGAGUCUGGUCAGUGUGCAGCAGCAACAACAGCAGUCCAUUCAGGACCAGAUGACGCAUAGGACCAUGACAAUGUCGGAAGAUCUGCUGAGUCGUCAUUCCUCCAUGUCGUCUCUGAACAGUGGCCAUCAAGCAUCACCAAUGCAGGAAGCUCUGUCCAUGAACCACCAGCCUACCUACUGUGACAAUAUGGUGAGCGUGCAGCACUCCUCACCCCUCACCAACCCAUCACCACCGAACCAGAUGACGGUGGACAGUUCCCAUGUUGUCCGAAACACAGACAGUUCCAGUAUGACGAGCCACUCUGCUCUCUCCGACUCUUCUAUUGAUCAAAGAGGCUCGGUGCUCAGUGCUGUCAGAGAGACUGAUGCCAUCAUGUCAGGGGCUGACCAGUACAACAUCAACGGAUUUGUGGACACUCCAUUCAUGGAUCAACUGGCAGACACGCCCCAAGCUGUGACCCAGCCAAUGAACUACCAGCAGCAAGGUCACAUGACCAUGAUGGACAAGAAUAUCAUGUCACCAGAUAUGAACAAUCCCAACUCAUUUCAGGAUGCAAUGAAUAAUGGCAUGCACAUGUCCCAGUUCGGAAGUACGUUUCAAAUGCCCCAGGAACAGCACCAUCUGGCCAGUCUGGACAUGAACGCAGUUAGCCAGGCUGGGUCGACCAUCGAUGAGGCCACUUUUUCCAGUCUAUUUGGUUCGCCGCAUAGUUCUGAAAAGGGACGGCGCAGGACCAAAGCUGAGCAGAAGUUGAUGCCAAUUGUUACCCCAAAGGUUGAUGAAGAUGAUGAGCUGGCUCACUUGGCGUUGCCUCCGCCAGCCGCCAGUGAUCCUAUUUCCCAAGGGAAUGAGGAAGUGAGGGUCAGGAAAUCUUUUGGGAGUUCCUUCCAGGACUGCUUUCUCAACUAUCUCAUGGGGAAGAAGCAGGAGACUCUGGAGAGUCUCAGUAGUGCUACUAUACAUAAGAAACCACAGCUGCCAAAGUACUUCCCAGAGCCUAGGAGACCAAGGCCUCCAUCACCACCCAAGAAAGAUUCCAAACGGUCCAGCGGAUCAUCUGAUGAAGGUUCGUUCUCGGGGGUCGGCUUCUCGGACAGUGAUAGUAGUGAAGAGAGUGUAGCUAAGACAGUUCAAAAUGUGAUUUCUCAAAUGAGUGAUGAUGACUCCAAGGACAAAGUGAAAAAAUCCAAAGAUUUGACAAUUAGAAUUUCUGUGCCAUCUUUGAAAAAGUCCCCCCGUAGCGGGAGAGUGCGAGGUGCUAAAGCAACAAAGGCCCGGGGCUCUCGGGGGUCGAAGGUGAAAGGGAAGGGUGGUGCGGAGGUCGUAGACGGCACCCACCCUGCUGGGGAGGUUCCGCCAGCUGUAGAAGUGCCUGUCAUCCAACCCAGAGAACGUAUUUCGAGGAGGGCCAAGGAGAAGGCACUGCAGAAGAAAAAGAAAGUUUCCAAACCUGGUGUUACAGAGCCUUCUGACGCCUCGUCCAGCAGCAGCUCGGAUGACGAGAACAUCAAGAGUAUCACCAAAGAGGAGUCGGAGAAGGAUUACGAUUCUGAUAAAGACCCUGCCUGGACACCGUUUGAAGUUGAUAUCAGGCAGCCUACGUAUGAUGAUACGAUGUUAGACAAACCAAAACGUCUGCGGAGAAUAUCAGCAAAAGGCCGGACACAUCCAUUGAUGUUUUCCAGACGAUCUCGAAAUCGAAGCGCAGGUCAGAGGAGACCCUCAGACGUGCCCCCCGAUCUGACCCCAGCAAUGUCUCCUCCCAAGGUCGCCAAGUUCUCUCCCCUUGACACAGGCAGUGUCACAGCGGGGACACUUCUGUCAAAGACAAACAGUAUCACCUCUAAUCAGGAUUCUGAAGAUUUCAUGAUAGGGAAGUUUAUUCUUGAGAAGAAGGAUAUGCAUAAUUAUGAGAGCUACCCUAUCUGGAAGAUUGAGCAGGGCAGGAUGAUCCACAAGUACGAGAUCCUCUCGGAGGAUGGCAACAUCCGGCACAAAGCCGUAUCAACAUAUUCUAGUUGGAUGCCAACUAUGCGAGACCAGUUCGUGCCAAUCAAAGUGAAGCUUAUAUCCAGUCGGGACGCGGUGGAAAUUGUUGAGGUGACCGAAGAGUAUCGACCUAAGCCCCCUACAGAUGGCAGCUUGGAGACGAAGUAUGAAGAUGAUCCUCUGGUUGACUUGUUCAACGUGUACCUGCAGAUCUUUCUCAGCCAGGCUCUGGAGCCCGGCUUCCUCAGUGCAAUCACAGAUGCCCAAGAUAAUUUCUACCUAUCUGCUUUAGAGAAAAUAGAUAAAUUAAUAGCCAGCAAAUUAGAAGAUAUAGAUAAGAAAAUCAAAUGGAAGCCAAGCUUUAAGACAUCUCUGAAAAUCAAGCCCCAACUGCGAGAGAUUGAUCGUCCCAAUCUUAAGCAGCCAUGUCAGGCUUGUGAGAAUUCUAGUCCACCCACCAUCAAAACAGUUCAUUUCCUGGGUGCCCCGUACGACAGGUUUGACAUGGAUGACCUGCCGGACCCAUCCGACACAUGUACAGAGUUCAUGAUAGGGAAAACUGCUGCUCAGUAUGUGGGAGUGUAUCACAGUCUGCACCACUUCAAAUAUAACCUGUAUAAGAGAUGCCUAGCAAAGGUAAAAUUACUCCGAGACAGUACAAAGGGCAUUGACAAUGAAAAGUUGCUAGACCAGUGUCUUCACAACAGGGCAUGGGUAUUGAAAAUAUUUGAGGACUUAAAAAGAAUGCUUGAGAAGGGAUGAAGACUCUGUGUUGUCCCUGUACUACAUCCUGCCUUAGACUGUAUUGUCAGUGACUACUGCCAACGGUGAUAAUCCUCCUCUGUGUAGGCCACCAAGGACACCACUCAUCGUCACCUGUACAGAAGCGUGUGGUCCUCCUCCGUCGCGGAGGGCACACCUUAUCAUCUCUGGUGUCAUUGUUGUCCUCUCGUCUUCAGACUGUGCGCAUUUGUUACUUGGUUCCUGUGGUGUGUGGACAGUUCAUGAAGAUGUUGACUGAUUAGGUUAGCAUGUGUCUCACUGUUGGGGCGGAGUAUUCGGGCAGGUGGAACUGAAACCUGAUCUUGGAGCAGAAUGAUAGGGCUUGGCCUGAAUAACGGACCCUUUGACUCCUUUACUUUGUAUCAACCUAACUGUGGAACUCUGAUCUGACAAGUGCAGCUCUGACCUGAUAGAGUGAGGUGUAUUUAGCAGGUGCUGCUCAUACCUGAUGGAUGGAUCCCUGUCCUGGUGGAGGGUGGAUUCCUGCCCUGGUGGGGGAACCCUGCCCUGGUGGAGGGUGGAUCCCUGCUCUGAUGGGUGGAACCUUGUCCUGGUGUAGGGUGGAUUCCUGUCCUGAUGUGGAUUCCUGCCCUGAUGGGGGAACCCUGUCCUAGUGGAGGGUGGAUUCCUGCCCUGAUGGGGAACCCUGUCCUUGUGGAGGGUGGAUUCCUGCCCUGAUGGGGGAUCCCUGUCCUGGUGGAGGGUGGAUUCCUGCCCUGAUGGGGGAUCCCUGUCCUGGUGGAGGGUGGAUUCCUGCCCUGGUGGAUGGAUCCCUGUCCUGGUGUUGGGUGGAUUCCUGCCCUGAUGGGGAACCCUGUCCUGGUGUAGGGUGGAUUCCUGCCCUGAUGGGGAACCCUGUACUGGUGGAGGGUGGAUUCCUGCCCUGAUGGGAGAACCCUGUCCUGGUGUAGGGUGGAUUCCUGCCCUGAUGGGGGAACCCUGUACUGGUGGAGGGUGGCUCCCUGCCCUGAUGGGGGAACCCUGUACUGGUGGAGGGUGGCUCCCUGCCCUGAUGGGGGAACCCUGUCCUGGUGGAGGGUGGCUCCCUGCCCUGAUGGGAGAACCCUGUCCUGGUGUAGGGUGGAUUCCUGCCCUGAUGGGGGAACCCUGUACUGGUGGAGGGUGGCUCCCUGCCCUGGUGGAGGGUGGAUUCCUGCCCUGAUGGAUGGCUCCCUGUGCAGGUGGAGGGUGGAUCCCCGCCCUGGUGGAUGGUUCGAUGCCCUAGUGGCUAGAUCGAGUCCUGAUGGAUGGAUCCAUGCCCUAAUGGAUAGAUCCCUGUCCUAUUGGGUGGAUCCAGUCAUCUGAUGGGUGAUUCAUGGCCUGAGGGGAUGAUCCAUGACCUGAUGGGUCGUUCCCAGACCUGAAGGGGGACCUCUUGCCUACUUGAUUGAGCUCAAUGUUGCCCAAUGAGAGAUCGCUGUCGUUACAAGUGGAGUGCAAAUGGGUGGAUGGUUGUUCCUCAGUGUAACUGUGAAGCUCAGCAUCUGUUGGGCUAACGGAGACAUGUCAGACUAAUAGUGAGACUUGCCCUGUUCUUCAGGCGUAAGGUCAGUUAUGGUGUCUUAGUUGUGUUCUGAUACAUGGCCAAGUUUAUGUAAGGAGACAAAGUAAGACCGGAGAUCUCUCUGUCUUAGUUAUGUUCUGUUACAUGGCCAAGUGUAAGGAGAUAGAGUAAGGCCGGAGACCUCUCUUCUUUCUUUGACUUCAGCUGGAUGUGUGGACAGUGUGAGGCCGACUGAAUUACUGGGGAUAUUUAUUGUUGAGUUUGGGGGAUGCAAUCGUGGUUUAAGGAGUAUUUCAUUGUUAGUAUUUCAUUUUGAAGGUUUUGGAAGUAGUUUGGGUUGAUAGUAGUCAGUAUUUUACACAAUAAUUAUUUCAAGCACAAACUCUUCCUCUGUUGUUCAUUGAAGUGGAAACAUGAAUGUGACUGGUUGUUUUCAAAAUAUACUACUCAUCUUUUGAUAGGGAUAAUCAGGUAUGUCAUAUAUUUAAAUAUACACUUGACAUGAGAAUCGGUUUUGAGUAUCAUGGCUAGAUAUAAAACAUAUACCUGUCAAACGUGGAGUAGUAUAUGUUCUUGUGAAUCUAAUCAAAGAUGAAUGCAUAAUUAAGAUAUUCAUAAUGACAAUAAUUGCCUGAAUGUCCAGAAUAUUGAGAGAUAUGGAUAAUAGAAACUGCUAGACAUGUUGCUGAUUAUUCAUGUUGAACUAUUUAUGAAACACAACAGGGCUUGUGUGAUACAAGAUUUAUACAAUCGGCUAUAUCAAAGGCGUUCAAGUAACUUUCAAUAUCAAAAUGUAUGUAUGAUUAUAAUUGUGAUUAAAUUAUAUAGAGUGCAUGGAAAAUGUUAUUAAAAAUCUUUUUAAUGUCUAAGUGCAAGGUGUAAAUGUCUGGUUGCAUUUAAGGCAUGGUUAGAGUAUUAAGAGUUGGAAUAAUUAAGGCUUAAUUAUUCUAUUCCAUAUUCUAUGAAAGUUUUAGUUUUUGAAAUAAGUCUUGUUUACACCUGCGAAUCUGGAGCUAUUUGAACACCACUUUGAAAACAUUAAUUUUAUAGAAAAGAAAGAUCUGUUUUUGUCAUGAAGUAGAUGAAACUCACUUCUGAGGUCAUUUGAGUGUGUGGGGGAGACACGGUGUGAUAGAACUCCGAGUGGAAGUUUCAAGAGAAAGGCUCUAUGUCUAGAGGGUCUAAAGAUCAUUGCUAUCGUAACACCAACAGUAUUGUGACUGAUGUCAAUAUGUUGCACAUAUAUAACCUAGACUUUGACUUAUUUAGACUGUGUGAAUAUACUAUACAAAAGCUUCAUGUGAUAAGAUGUAACUGAAACAGAUAUCACUAUAAUGGCAGCAAAUAAGCCUUCAAGUUUCAUACUUUCCACAUACUCCAGUGUCCGUACAGGAGACAGUUUCAGUUUGAUUAGAGGAAGUGUAGGUGCAUUUAGCUUUGUUAUUUUGUUGUUUCUCCCUGUACGAGUGUAUACCCUUUAUGCUUGAGCUUGUGAGAGUACUUUUGAGAAAGGAAAGAUUUCUGUGAUCCAUCUAGUCAGCAGCUAAAGCACAUUGUCCUGAGCCACUCAGUAUGAAUUAGCCAUGAAUCUAAUAUUAACAGUGGAGCACGUGGCCUAUAUAUAUAUUUGUUGUAGUGAUGCAGUAGACAUGAAAACACAUGCACCAAUAUAUCAGAUUGAAUAGAAAGAAUAUCCAGAGUAACCACCAUCUAUUUGAAGGCUACAAUCGAGGAAAGAUGAGUUGUGAUAAGGGGAGAUAACUUGUGUUCAUUAUCUGUUCAGAAUCUGGGAUUCUGUCAAAUUGAUGCUUUGUAUUUUUAUAUUAUUGAAAUUCCAGUGUAUAUUCAUGAAAUAUCAAUCAUAUUUAUUACUUUCUGAUUGAGUAAUAAGUGCAUAAUAGAUGUGUGAAGUAAACCUAGACUUUAGUUUGUUGUAAUUGAAAGAUUAUUACUCUGAAUGCAUUGUGAAUAACUGCUAUUUAAUCUGUUUCUUUUCUCAAUAUUCCUUGUUAUUGACUGCCAGUUGAGACAUUAUUUGCAAAAUAUUGACCAUGUUUGGUUCUUUAAGCCAUUGGCAGGACAUUGUACAGCUUACAAAUGGAGCUUAAAAAAUUGACUAAUUUGCUGACUCAACAAACCGAUAUACAUAUAUAUAUAUAUAUUAGUUUCACAUGUAGUCGGAUAUAUUUAUAACAUGUCAGGACUUGCAUACUCUUGUACAUGUAUAUUAUAAAAUAAUCAAAUAAAUAAGCUAUAUUUCAAUUGUUUAAUAACUAUUUUCUAUGAAAAGUUAUGAAACUGCAUUGGAUAUCUAGGUGAUGAAAAUGUCUAGGUGUGUUUCACUGAAGUACUCUGGACCCCGUUCCUCAAAGCGAUCUUAGCGCGGCGAUGAUCGUAAGCCUAUGUUAAAGUAUGGGACUUACGAUCACCUUAGUGCUAAGAUCGCUUGGAGGAAGGGGGCCCAGGUUUUAAUAUUGUCACCAUGCAGCCUAUCUUCCUUGAAGACGGAUACAAAGCCUGUGUUUUCUUACAUUGUUUUGUUUUGUGUGUAUGGGGUUGUAAGCUGUACACUGUUGAUUAUGAAAUGUUUUAUUUUAUAGAGAUAUUUUCUUGUUCUUAAUGUAACAUGUGGUGUAUGACCUAGAAGGCGUGGUAAGUUAAGGCCGGGUUCGGUUGUUGUUGUUCGUAGCAUAAUCAAUGUGUCUGUGUAUUUAAGAUAGAAUAACAAAUUGAUUAGUGCUUGAUACCACUCACAUGAGAGUUCUUGACUCAGAAGAAAAUGGAUUCUGAUAUAAAUCAUUAAUUUAUUUUUGGGUGUCUUCUUUGUACGUGGGUUCAGGAUUCAUCUUUUCUCAAUGGGUUUGCAAUGAAGAGUUACUGACAUUUUCAUAUGAGAACAUCCUCUAUAUCUCUAGGGCUUGCAAUUCAGCAGACCUACACUAAACCCUGGAUCCUUCAUGUGUUUCCAAUGAUCUCAAAUUACCUCCCCUUGAUUUCCUUUAGCAAAUUUGAUUUGCUGUGCUACUCAUUGUAAUGGACCAAUCAGAAUAUGAGUUUCCAACCGGCCUCAAUGUUGGUAGGCAAGAUCAACAAGGUGGCCAGUUCCAUUGAUUACGAUCGAGUUUAUGAGAAAUUUAACAUUGAAAUACUGACUCAAAUAUCUUUUUGAUGGCAAGUCCUCGCUUACCCUUUUCCAUUUUCCAUAUCUCAGAUUGGUUGGUCAGUGAAAUGGUUAUGAAAACGAAGUGCGAGUAAUUUGAGAUUGCGAGAACCACGGGAAUGAAUCCAGGGGAUAGUGUAGCCCUUGAGAUGUUGAGGACGAUCUGUUAAAGGUGUUGUACUUCGUAUAAGCCAUAUUUGCAAUGAAGUGACAUGUCAUUUGCUCAUCACCACAGUUUGAUAAACCUGGAAAGAAGCUGAUUAAUGUUUCUAAAGCUUGAAUGACAUUGAAACUUCUCCCAUGUUGUAAGCUUGUUUCUUGAUACCACAUUUGACAUUAGACAAUCAAGUCAGCUGAUUGUUUGAAUACAUUAUGUAGCCUGUGAAUCGGAUGUGUUGGCUGCCAUGUUAUGUGGAAUGAUUAAAACCUGCAGUUCACAAAUGUGUAUCCCAACUCCUUUGAAUGAUAAUUACUGACUUUAAACAUACCCUAUGCCCUCUAAUAAGACCCUGGGUCAUGGGUCUUGGUCAGUUUACAUUUACAACCCAGCCCAUAUUAAGGGGGUGGGGGGCGCUUGUUCCACAAAGCCAUCUUAGUGCUUAGAGACGAUCAUGAGUCCCAUAUGUUAACGUUGACUUACAAAAGUCUUAGCUGUAAUAUCACUUUGCGGGAUGGGGCCUAGCACCUUAUACUUUCCCAUCUCUGUGAUGAUGAGGGGCAGUCGGGUAGCCUAGUGGUUCAAGUGUUCACUCAUUUCUCCGAAGUGCUGGGUUCAAUUCCCGCCAUGGGUACAAUGUGUGAAGCCAAUUUCUGGUGUCCCCCUGCCGUGAUAUUGCUGGAAUAUUGCUAAAAGCGGCGUAAAAUCAAACUCACUCACUCACAGUGAUAAAGGAUAUUAAUAUUUAGAUGUAAUGGGGAGACAUCAUUAGCUGUACCUGACUAAGUCUUUAACACGCUGGAUCUUAAUAGUCAGGCUCUAAAUAGAUGAUAUACGGUAUUUACUUUUUACAUGUAAGUCUAUUAUUUUCCAAAUUAUAAAUUUAUCAAUGUUAGUAUUCUCAGUAACCUUUUUCUUAUCUGAAUACUAUUUCUAACGUAUAUUUGAAACUUUUCUGUUUGCAUGCAUCUCCUGCUUCCGUUUCCAGGUUAUUCAAGUGUCGACCGCUGCUGUCACUUCAUGGACUUCUGUGUACAUACGUUCCACCAUGUCUGCCUCUGUGUAUAUGUAUAUUACGCCUGUACAAUCUGCAUCCAGUCAUCACUGUAAAUAUCUCGUAUAUCCCAGCUGGUGCUCAACCAAACUGUCAAAGCAUAAACAUAACGGUUGUUCCUACAGGGUCGUGUAGACGACCAAGUGAUACAUAGGGUUCUGUAGAGCUCCAAGUGUGGGUGGUUCCUGGUCGAGCCGAUUGGAGACAGACCUGGAGGGUGGGUGGUUCCUAGACAAGACUUAGCUCCCAUGGAGAUUGACCAGGAGGGAGGGUGGUUCCUAGACAAGACUUAGCCCCCAUGGAGAUUGACCAGGAGGGUGGGUGGUUCCUAGACAAGACCUAGCCCCCAUGGAGAUUGACCUGGAGGGUGGGUGGUUCCUGGACAAGACUGAGCCCCCAUGGAGAUUGACCUGGAAGGUGGGUGGUUCCUGGACAAGACUCAGCCCCCAUGGAGAUUGACCUGGAGGGCGGGUGGUUCCUAGACAAGACUUAGCCCCCAUGGAGAUUGACCAGGAGGGUGGGUGGUUCCUGGACAAGACUGAGCCCCCAUGGAGAUUGACCUGGAGGGCGGGUGGUUCCUAGACAAGACUUAGCCCCCAUGGAGAUUGACAAAGAGGGUGGGUGGUUCCCAGACAAAAGUUAGCCCCCAUGGAGAUUGACAAGAGGUGAAUGGGUGGUUCCUGGAUGAGACUUAGCCCCCAUGGAGAUGGACCAGGAGGGUUGGUGGUUCCUAGACAAGACCUUGCCCCCAUGGUGAUUGACAAGAAGGAUGGAUGGUUCCUAGACAAGAUUUCAACCCCAUGGUGAUUGACAAGAAGGGUGGAUGGUUCCUAGACAAGACUUCGACCCCAUGAAUAUUCACCUGGAGGGUGGGUGGUUCCUAAACAAGACUAAGCCCCCAUGGAGAUUGACCAGGAGGGUGGGUGGUUCCUAGACAAGAUUUCAACCCCAUGGAGAUGGACCAGCAGGGUGGGUGGUUCCUGGACAAGAUUUCGACCCCAUGGAGAUUGACCAGGAGGGUUGGUGGUUCCUGGACAAGAUUUCGACCCCAUGGAGAUUGACCAGGAGGGUGGGUGGUUCCUGGACAAGACUGAGCCCCCAUGGAGAUUGACCGUGAGGGGGGGGUGGUUCCUAGACAAGACUUAGACCCCAUAGAGAUUGAGUGGGUGGAUGGGUUGACCUAUGGGUGGUUUCUGGACGAGAGUGAACACUCCAGGGGGACAGACCGGACAGUGGGUGGGUCCUGGUCUGGAGUGGACAUCCUACUUCAAGGUUGAUGGUCAGACAACUUCUGAAUGACAAGAUCCUGGUUAAAUCUAGAAACAUAUUUGCAGUUAAUGUUAUAAAAUAGCAAACAUGGAACUGACUUGUU